ACAGCCCCAGAAGAAGAAACGGAGGCAGCGGUUGUUUGUUUGUGGCCGCUGAAAGGCUCCAGGUUUUGGUGACGUUUCUUCCAUAGCUGCUGAAAGAACACUUCAGCUGUAGCUCCGUCUCCGGCACAAACAUGGCGGAGGAGGACGAUGAUCCCGGCUUUGAUGAAGAUUUGGACGAUGGAGGAAACGGUGUGGAGUCGGGCCACGGCAGAAGAAAGAGGCUGUUCUCGAAAGAGCUGCGCUGCAUGAUGUACGGCUUUGGAGACGACCAGAACCCGUACACGGAGUCAGUGGACAUCCUGGAGGACCUGGUGAUAGAGUUCAUCACGGAGAUGACCCACAAAGCGAUGUCCAUCGGCCGCCAGGGCCGCGUUCAGGUCGAGGACAUCGUGUUUCUCAUUCGCAAAGACCCCAGAAAGUUCGCGAGAGUGAAAGACCUGCUGACCAUGAACGAAGAGCUGAAGAGAGCUCGCAAGGCUUUUGAUGAGGCGAACUAUGGAUCCUGAACUCUCAAAUACGGUGUAAUGGUCGCUUAAACCAUAGCAGGGACCAGAAUGACUUUUAAAAGGGAAUUCCACCGAUUUUUCAAAAUGUCUGCAUAAUUCAGUGGUUGAGAUGUAAACAGUCAAUAUCGGGGGAUUCAUUUUUAGAGAAAGUUGCUGACUCAAAUUUCAGUGGUGCUGAUAGGAACCAGGGGUCCCGGUGUCUACAAUACAAAGAUUUUAUUUACUGUCCAAAACCACCAGUAAACCUACACGUCUUUUAUGACAUUUUAUAUGUAAUGUUGACAAUGGUUCAAUAGGCAUAUAUCUGAAAAAUAAGUUUUCUUUGGGGACUAAUUUGCCUUAGAACACUGCUUUUGUAUCCCUCCACCAUGAAUAGAUUAAAUAAAUUGACCGUAACAUGUUUUGAGCCAAAAUUUUAUCACAAAACUACUGUAAAACUGUCUCAGACAUCAGGCAGCAUAUUCAUAAACAUUUCAUGUAAUAACUUUCUGUGAGGGAGCUUUUAGAGGCAUUAAACACUGCAGACGUAUGGUUCCUAUCACCACCACUGUAAACAGUUCUGACUCGGUAAGUUUCUCUACAAUUAAGCAUUUUACUCCAAACCACUCUGAAUGACCGUUUGCAUCUUGACCAUUAAAGUAUGCAGAAAUUUUGAAAAAUCGAGUUCCCCUUUAAUAUCUGUAUAUUGGUCAGCACAUUGCAGAUGUGUUUUUUACUUUUCUAGGCUGAAAUGUUUAGCAGACUGUAACAUCUGUCAUAUUACUUGAACAGUGCAUGUGUCAAUCUCUUUUUAAAAGUAACUAAAUAAAAAUACUGCUGUAAAAUGCCAAAA